AUGCUCUGGAACUUCCUGGCCGGCCUGGUGCUCGUUGCCCCGACUCAGGCUCUUAUUCGAUUCGGAUGCUCGCAGCUGGUCGUAGAUCGCCUUGACCCUUUGGUUGAACCAGGCAACGCUCCAUCAUCGCAUCUCCACCAGAUCAUCGGAGGAAACUCGUUUGUUCCUGAUAUGAGCCCGGAUGUUCACGACCCACCUGCGAUGUCCACAUGCACGACUUGCCAGCCUGCAGAUGACUUCUCCAACUACUGGACGGCUUCUCUUUACUUUCGCGCAAGGAAUGGUACCUACAAGCGUGUUAGUCAAAAAGGCAAUGCAGGAUUUGAGGGUCAAAACGGCGGUAUGACUGUUUACUACAUGCAGAAUCAGCUUGCCGACUACCAACAGAAAGCGAAGGUCAAGGCGUUCCAACCGGGCUUUCGUAUGCUCAUCGGCUCACCAAUCGCAUCUACAAAGGCAGAAGCGGAUAGGUAUCCUCAACUUACAUAUACUUGUCUGCAAGACCCGAGCACACGCUUUCCAGAAACCAAAGCGUUCCCUACCAAACCUUGCCCAGCAGGCAUCAUGGUCAACUUGAGGUUCCCGACGUGUUGGAAUGGUGAAGACCUAGAUUCGCCGGAUCACAUGGCUCAUAUGGCCUACCCCGUCUCGGGUACAUUCGAGAGCCAAGGUCCCUGCCCAGCCUCUCACAGCGUGUCUAACGUAACGUAG